AUGGAUAUGCGCACCAAUACUAUCCAUACGACCUGCACCACCAUUAUUGGCACCGAGUUGGCCAAUAUUGAAGAUGUACUCACUCUGAACAACCUUUCCGGCAAGGGGAAAUAUACCCGGCUGUGUGAACAAUGGCUGGAGCAGUUCAUGAGAGGAAAUAACGGACGAGCACUGGUUGUCUCUUCCUGCACCUCCGCCCUGGAGAUGGCCGCCAUACUUGCCGAUAUCCAAGCAGGCGACGAGGUGAUUGUCCCCAGCUAUACGUACGUGACAACCGUGAAUGCAUUCGCACUGCGGGGCGCCGUGCCUGUGUUUGUAGAUUUGGACGACGCCACGAUGAACAUCGACGCGAACCUUAUCGAAAGGGCUAUUACACCCAAGACGCGAGCAAUCAUCCCCAUUCACUAUGGCGGGGUUGCAUGCGACAUGGACAAAAUCAUGAAGGUCGCUAAAAGACAUCAACUAUUCGUCUGCGAAGAUGCAGCCAUGGCAUGCACAUCCACCUAUAAGGGCCAGAUUCUCGGCACUAUAGGCAACAUCGGCUGCAUCAGCUUUCAGGAAAAGAAGAACUUUACAGCCGGAGGUCAAGGAGGUGCCCUUCUAGUCAAUGAUCCAGUAUUAGCUGAGCGAGCCGAGAUCCUCUAUGACCACGGGACCAACCGUUCGCGCUUCAUGCGCGGUGAAGUUGAUAGCUACCAGUGGCUGGAUCUGGGGUUGAAUGCCACUCUUUCUGAGCUGCAGGCUGCGUUUCUAUAUGCACAAUUACAAGCUGCGGAUGGCAUCAAUGCGCGCAGAAGGCAUAUCUGGGAUCAUUAUUUUGUUAGUUUGUUACCUUUGGUCCGUAAGAGGUACAUUACUUUGCCCCGUGUUCCUGAUGAUACCACCCAACAUGCGAACGUGUUCUAUAUCAGAGUUAUAGAUCCGGCGCAGCGCGAGGAUCUGAUUCGGCAUAUGGCUAGGGCCAAAGUUCAGGUACAUCCGCAGUUCAUGCCAUUACACUUGUCUCCAUUUGGUAGGAGUCAUGGUCACUUUCAUGGAGAGGACCGUGUUACGUCACUCGCCAGCUCGCAAAUCUUGCUGCUGCCGGUGCAUUUGGCGCUGUCUGAUGAGGCGCAGGAGGUUGUGAUCCGGGAGAUGUUUGCUUUUUGGGGUGAGACAGCAGAGGGUAGUGUUUAG